AUGGCAGUAGGACCAGGUUCUGGGAAACACAAGUUCAAAUCCCCACUAUGCCAGGGAAGCUCCCACGGUGGCCAUGGGCCAGGGACACUCUCAAUUCCGCUGCAGAAGGCGGGCGCUACGGCGGCCUGUGUCGUUGCAAAGGCCACCAGCAGGUGGCGCAGGGAGCGGGGGAACCUUUUCGUGGCCGGACGGCGUGUCCCCGCGGGCCGCUUCCGGUCAGGCUUCGCGCGCCGCGCCCUUCCGUUCCGGUUGGCGGGGAUGGCGUCGGGCGAGGCGCAGCGGCGGCGGUCCCUUUGGGAGCGGCUGCGCGGCGGCCGCCUGGGGCGCUGGUGGCGGGGGCUGCUGCAGGACUACGCGGAGGCGGCGCGGGAGGCUCUGCGGGAGGCGCGGCGGCGUCCGGGGCGGGCGGCGGCGGCGGCGGGGCUGCUGGCGGGCGUGGCGGGCUGCGCGCGGGGCUGCCCGGGCGAGGCGUCGCUGGAGGCCGGGCUGCUGGAGGCGUCGGGCCGGCUGCUGCUGCUCUCCCCGGCCACGCGGAGCGGCGCCGCCGAGGGCCACGUGCAGCGGCUGCUGGAGCUGCGGGCCGGCGGGCGGCUGCGCGUGCGGAGCCUGGGGCUGGCGGCCGUGGCCUACGAGGCGCCCUUCGACGCCGACGCCGCCCUCUACCGCGCCCGCUGCCCCCACCUGGCCCCGGCCUGGGCCCAGCUGCCCGCCCGCCUGCUCGACGUCGGCUUCUGCGGCCGCUGGUGGCUCCUGCGCGCCAAGAUGCGCGACUGCGACGUCAACGCCGAGGAGUUCCGCGCCCUGCCGCCGAGCCUCCGCCGCCUCUCCUUCCACCACCUCCACUCGGCCCGCAACGAGCGGCUCUUCCAGCAGAAGUUCCAGCCCGUCGUCCUCGGCCCCGGCGACCUCGACGACACCCCGCCGCAGCAAAGCCCUUGAGGGAGCCAGCAGGAGCGCGCCCGGACACCUCUGCCGCAGACGCUUCUUCACCCCCAAAACCCCAGUUCGCCUGCCUGCCUUUCUUCCCAAAGAGGCACUACCCAUCGAAGAGAAGCCUACCCAUUCUACCCCAGGGGUAGAAGCCCUGUUAGUCAGGCUGGGAAGAGCCGGAGUCCAGGAGCGCCAGAAAGACUUGACAACAGUUGUGGCCGGUUGGGAGCUUUCCCGAGUCACUGCUCAGUGGCUGGCAUCAUUCUCCUUUUGCCUGUUUGGCCAGCACAUUUAUGUUGACGGCCGCAAUGCCGAUGAAAUAGAAGUUGAUGUGUUGCGUUU